AAUUGAGUUCUUAUUGGUUGGAGAAGAAGACAAUGCUAAAGAAAGACCAGAACAUUGUCCAUGGACCAUAUAUGGUCCACACUACACACACUACUAGUCUGAGCAGAUGGAGUUGUCCGGGUCUUCUUUUAUUAAAAAAAACGAAGACUUGCUGAAAUAGGACAACAUUAGAAGACUAUUGACCAUUGUGAAUGACUCUCACACUUCACACUAACUUGACAACAUUAGCAGCCGGGAUUGACCAUUAGCAGCCAGGAUUUGCUCUUGCUUAUUAUUAUUUGCAUCUGCCUCUGAGCACUCUUAAAAUCCCAUUACAAAGCCUACUUCUGCCACUAUAUGCAUUGCUCCACCUUCUCACACUUCACACGCUAGAUACACCAUUUGGGAUCAAGAUUAAUUCAGAUUUUCCUGUUAAAGUUGGCUGGGCCUACACAUAGUUUAAAGGCUGAUUCUUCAUUUUGGACAUCGUUUCCUUGAUAAGCUUUAGUUAUGAAUUCUCGUUCACAUCAGCUAGGGAAUGGUACGAGUAUAAAUGAUAUCGAAGAGCAGGCUCCCAAGGUUGGCAAGACAGAAAAGACAAGUUCGGACUCACGAGGGAAUUCUCUUCCGUGGGAUUGGAAUAGAAUAAAAAAAUGGGUAAAUUCUCUUCCAUGGGAUUGGAAUCUAAUAGUUAUAUUGGUGCGCAUGAUCGCAUUGUCACUGGAACCCUUGUUCUUGUAUGGUCUCACGAUCAAUGAAUACAAGAAAUGCGUUGAGAUAGACAGAAUGUUGGGGAUCACAGCUAUAGUUUCGCGAACUUUCCUUGAUAUCAGUUACCUAGUGCUGCGAUUUCAUACUGGGUUUUUAGGCAACCUAUUUCGGAAAUCUAGAAAAAAAAUAAAAAAUCACCUGGUAAAGGAAAAGAUCAACGGAGCCACGUCAAGAUCAACGGAGAUCAAGGCCCCCACUGGCCCAACACCUGUUAAAGAUAAGUGGCAAACAGAUCUCAGAAAAUAUAUCCUGCAUCCACACUUUCUAUUUGACAUUUUAGUUUUUCUUCCCAUCCCACAGGUGGUAAUGUUAUGCAUACUCUUAGACGUGAGAGCCAUGAAAUCUUUAAAAACAUUACAGAUCUUAAACAUUUUUAUUUUCUUCCAAUAUUGGCCGAGAGUUUUUCAAAUUUACCUACCAAGGAAGGAUCUGGGAUCAAAUCAUGAGAUACUUGGUGAAAGGCGAUGGGUCCUAGGCCCACUGGAUUUCUUUCUAUACAUCAUUGCCGGCCAUGUAUUAGGAGCCUUUUGGUAUUGUUUCUCUAUUCAACGAACUGUGGCUUGCUGGUACAUGGCGUGUAAAAAUCAUGGUAGAUGUGUCCGAAAUUCUUUUUAUUACUGCGACCACAACUUUCGCUAUCACUCCGUUUUAGAUGAAUUUUGCCCUAAAAAUAUGCCAAAUGCGGAGCUCUUUGAUUUUGGAGUAUAUCUCGACGCUCAUCAGUCUAAGAUCUUAGAGUCCAAAAAUAUUCCACAAAAAAUAUUCUACUGUUUCUGUUGGGGCAUGCGAAAUCUGAGUUCUUUUGGUUCAAACCUCCGAACAAGUAACGAUGUAUGGGAAAACUGCUUUGUACUUUGCGUUACUAUCUUUGGCUUGUUGCUAUUUCUAUAUUACAUGGGAAAUUUUCAGACGUCCAUGCAGCGAAGGAAACGAAGGAAACGACAAGAAGCAAACAUUGAAUUGUGGCUUUCCAAGGAAGAGGUCCCCACUGAAAUGAAAAGCCAUAUAAUUGGGUUCAUACAUAACAGAUUUGACGAAGACGAAGAUGUUAAUGUGGAGAACCUGAUCCCUGAUCUUCCUUCGGAACUUCAAAGCAAUGUCAAGCGCCACAUUUGCUUAAAUCUGCUAAAAAAUCUCAAUAUCAUAAAAAAGAAUGACUUGACUAAGGAUCAGCAACUUUUGCUUAAAAUCUGCAACUCACUCAAGCCAGUGUUCUACAACGAGCAAAGCUACAUUGUUAAGGAGGGAGACCCAAUUGAUGCGGUAUUCUUGAUUACGUACGGCAUUGCAUGGGCCUAUCCAAGCAGUAAUAAUGGUGAAGGAAAGCAUGCUGAGCGUCUUGAGAAAGGUCACUUCUUUGGAGAAGAACUUCUUGAAUUGCUUUGGAAUCCUUCCUCUGUCGAUAACCUAUCCAAACUCCCCAUUUCCUCCAAAACUCUCAAAACCCACACAAAAGUGGAAGUCUUUGCUCUAAUGGCCAACGACGUCGCAGCUUACAUUCAAGGAAUCUCGCUCCAUGAUCAGAAUCCAGUAGAGCUUGAUGUUGUUGAAUACAAGGAAGCUUCUAUUUUACAACGAGUCCGGUGCUGCAAUCAACCAAAGUGUUGGUGCUUCAAGAAAACUUCUGAAUCCAGUAGUACUUGACAUUGUUGUUGCAAAGCAAUGGAUUUUUUUGAUGUCUUUGCUGUAUUAAGAUUUGUUUUUCUAGUGAUGGACAAGGGGAACAUGUGAAAUAAUAAUGGUAAAAAUUAUGUUUCUUUAAUUAAUUCA